UAGUGUUUGAGACAGCUCACCUUUGUUACCAAAACAAAAGCGACCCUCCAGGGAGCCGCGAUAUCUAUAAGUUUCCAGUUUUGAAUCAACUACAGGCUGCUGUCACCGUCAAUACGUGGUAUCUACGAUGUGUCCGCGGUGUUUGAACGCCCCACAGACCACGCCCCUCGGGAGAGUUGGGCGGUUUGGUGCCCCUGGGUGUCACCGGUGGAGUUUAACUCUCAGGCCAGUAGUCACGUAGACGGCCUGCGAGGAGCUGUCUGUCCCCUCCCUGCCUUCAGUCUCACGGUUCAGGUGGACCCCAGUCUGCAUCUCCACUGUCAGCAUGUCGCCGUCCACGUCCCCGCGGCUCUUCACGGAGAGGGAGGUCUCCCGCCACCGCACCAAGGACUCCUGCUGGGUGCUGCUGGGGACCAGGGUGUACGACGUGACCUCCUUCUUGCGGAUGCACCCGGGCGGGGAGGCGCUGAUACUCCGGCGGGCGGGCAAGGACGUGAGCCCGGAGAUGGAGGGACCCCCGCACCGGCACUCGGAGAACGCCCAAAGGUGGAUGGAGCAGUACUACAUCGGGGAGCUGGACAGAGACAGAGACACUGACGAGGAACAGACUCUGAGAGAGAGGAGGAAGGCCAGCGAGCAGACAGCUGGAGAGACGGGAGACAAGACGACAGAGGAGCAGGAGAAAGAGGAGGACGAGAAUGCCAAUUACAACCGCUGCAGCCCUGUGGACCUGGACAAGGAUUUGGUGGACUGGCGGAAGCCCCUGGCUUGGCAGGUAGGCCACCUCGGAGAGAAAUAUGAUGCGUGGGUUCACCAGCCAGUCGACAGACCCAUCAGACUGUUCGGAAACCCCUUCCUGGAGGCCAGUACCAAGACUUCAUGGUACUGGGUACCAGUGGUGUGGCUUCCUAUUGUGUUUUAUUUCAGUUGGCACUGCUACACCACCCUGGCUAAGGGCACCACCAGGCUCAACCUCACUUCAGGCAUCUCUGUCCCCAUCCAUAAGUACUUCUUCCCACUGCUCUUUUUGAUGGGCUGGUUCUUGUGGUCGUUCAUCGAGUACUGCAUUCAUCGCUUUGUCUUUCACAUGAAACCGCCGGCCCACAACUACUACCUCAUCACGAUACACUUCCUCCUGCACGGACAGCACCACAAGUCUCCGUUCGACGGCUCUCGGCUGGUCUUCCCCCCCGGCCUGGCCUCCUUGGUGGUGGGAAGUUUCUAUCUAAUCCUCUGCAGCACGCUCCCGGAGAUCCUCGGGACGUCGGUGUUUGUCGGAGGACUGUGUGGCUACGUCAUCUACGACAUGAUCCACUACUACCUUCACUACGGUUCACCCAAGAAGGGCUCGUACAUGUACGGCCUGAAGGCCUACCAUGUCAAACACCACUUUGAGCACCAGAGAGCAGGUUUUGGAAUCACCUCCACGUUCUGGGACCACCCCUUCAACACAGUCAUCCCCGAUGAGAAGUUCUAACAUAGAAACGGCUCUCCUGAAGGGCCACAGGACUUAUCAACCACCCUCCUUAGCAACCAGCAUACAUGCUGUAACCGCCAUGACACCCUUAGUUCAAUCUCCGCCGCCAUAGCUUUUCAAAACCACGUAGGACAUUCUAAUUCUGCGGACUCCUGGGCCUCCUCGACGAAUCCAUACAUCCAUCUUAUGUCCCCCUGCUUUUUGAAUCCAGCACGCAAAACAUUAUUCGCCUAAGCUCGGUCAUGUAGUUGCAAAGAACGCACCGUUUCCAUCUGUGAUCAUUCUUGCACAGUUGCAAAGCCAUUCUGUGCCAAUUUUUUGUUAUUAUUAUUAUUAUUAUGUUAUUAACUGAACCAAAAUCUACUACGGCUGUGCUCUUCACCGCACUGACCUCUCCAGCCAAGUCAUUGGAGGAAGGCCAGGGAGAGACAGAGAGGGACACACAUGAACAGACACACAAAGCACGUACACAUCUGUGUAUUUUGAUUGUUGAGCUAUAAUUACAUUUAAAGGAAUAACAUGAUUCCUCUACACCUGUAGAAUACUAUAGUGCACAUCACACUGAAGAAACUCCAAAACAUACUCCAAAUAUGCACUCUUUUCCUGGUUUACAAAAACCUGCCAGCAGCAUGAUAUUCCCCUGUUCACUUUCAACUUUGGUUAACUUUGACCGGCGAGGUCGCAGCCUCAAACAAUAGCAAAGAAGCGCAUGUUUGCUGUUGUACCCAUGUGGCAAAGGAAGUGAUAGGUGGUUGUUGAAUGUGGAAGACGUAAAAAGGAAGGAGAUGUAACAGGAAGUGUGUGUGAGAGAGGGUAUGUAGAGUCGAGAGUGAGAGAGAGAGAGGCUGUGAACUGGUGAACUAACUCAAGAAAUGAAACCUUCAUCCUUCCCCCGCACUGUCUGCAGCUUUAACGUUUCUCUUUUUUGCCACGGGUCUCUCAGCUACGCUGCAAUACUCUGUUACACUGCAGGAAUCGUAACAGUCUACAGAUGUUCCCUCCACCGUUAUUUGCCCUCACUGUCAGUUUUUGAAAACAGCUGUGAACAGAAAAUAUUUGGUUUUAGAUAUUUGGACAAUGCUGGGUUUUAAUUUAUUAAUUAUCAGCAAAGCUGCAGAAGUGAAAUCAUACUGUAGGGGACUAAUGCAAUGUAAUGUUAAUGUCCUACAUGUUUCUAACCACUUGAGAUAUAUUUUUGCAAGUCUUUUGUAAUACUUCCCUCUGUUUUCUUUUCUGUUUCGUCACUCAUGAUACAACAAAGAUGUAGAAUUUUUUUUUUUUGUAAAAUGCUUUGUACAGAAGAGGAGAUUGUUUAAUUGCAGCAGCGUUACGUUGCCGGAGUGAGCAGAUGUUUCGGUGUGAAGAUGGAUGGAUGGAUGUAGUGUGUUGUCAUGGCGUCAGAGGGACAGAGCUGAAGGCAUGAGGCCGGCCUGUCAGACUUCCUGCUGUGGGGAUCUCGGGGUUCAUUUUUUUAGUGGCCCUGCAGACCCUAUCAGGAUGACGAUGGAUGAACCAUCUGACCGGGCAGCAGGAGGUCUCGAUAGCGCCUGGCGGAUCCUCAAAAUGUCUCCUCUAAACACUCGACAGCAACACUGAUAACUAAAGCAGAACAAAAUAAAUUAAAACCCAUUUACAUGAAUAUGUAGAGUAAAGUGAGAAUAUACUACAACUGCAGACUUAUCCACUUUUCUAGUUUGAAGUAAAGACUCCAAUUUACAUCAAUUUUAUGUACAUGCAUGCUUACACAUUCAAAAAGGAGUAAAACAAUAAUAAUUUAUUUUCUUAAUAUUCAUUGCAGCAAUAAUAAUUGAGUCUUCAGGUAAACCUUAAGAGGGCUGUGUCGCCAAAACACUGUUUCUGAUAACAGGAUUGAGCUAUAACUGCACCAAAUGUGUCCUGUUGUCUCCAGCAUAUCAGUUAAUAUGAAAACAUAACACUGUCUGUCUUAUGCUUCAUACAGUCCAGUUGAUAAUGAAUGCUCAAGCCAUCAUGAAAGAAGAAUUCUGACUUUGAUAUAAUGACCACAAAAAAUGUUGCUUAAGAGAGAACCAAAGAUUACUAGGUAAUGAAGGUGGAGAUAGUGAUGACCAUGAUAAUAAUAAUGCCGAUGAUGAGUGUAAUAAUAGAAAGUGAUUUUGGCAGCUGCUUGGCAAAAGUGAAACAAUUCCACCUGUUGGAAUGAAGUACACACAGAUCUUAUUUAUGUAUAUUUAUACGACGUAGAUGAAAGACAACAGCUUGUACGCCUUGAUUCUGACAAGUGAACUUUUCCUUGUGCUAAAUUAUGCAGCGGAAAAUAAUAUUCCCUAAAUCUGUUUACUAUAAUAUCUUAUAACAUUUAUUUUGGAAUUUUUAAGUGUCUAUGCAAAUGCAAAAACGUAUUUGUAAAUAAAUAUCUGUAUAU